AUAUACUACGUUCCAUGUAGGAUGAAAUAACGUUUACUUGAUUUGCCUCGUACUGUUCGAACCGAGUUGAAGACGGCGUCCAAUAUUAGUGAAGCUAGCUUUAAGAUCUUUGCAAAACCCUGCGCAACGAUCCAAAAAUUGUCCUAAAGAACGCAACGGACCAUUGUAUAUAUAGCAAGCAUGUAAUAUUAAAAUAUGAUGCACUAGGCGUUCAAACGAUAAACGGUGCAGAAGCCUUGAGUAGCACAUCCUGGCCAAAACUCGUUCAUUCGAACAACCUGUACGUUUUAUGCGUCCGUUUUAUUCGACCACGCUGUCAGGUGGGAUGUUUUCAUCCUGCGCACGAUUUUUUUCUGAUAUUUCUUAGGAUGAUGAUGACACGCCGCUGGUGUGAGUGACAGGCGGAAGCGUGUAAGCGUGAUUUGCGUCUCGGCGCCUUUUCCGGACGCCAACUUGCACAGCAGCUUCCAGAACGGGUAGUGCUAUCGGCGUGGGGCGCAGGACGUGCACCUCGUGCACCAGGAAGGCUCGUGCACCGGGCUUGAAAGGUUGCUAUUUCGGGGACCGAUUUUGACUAAUGAAGCCAAGCAUGGGCUUUUGUUCCUCAGGUUUGGUACUGAGCGACCUCUCUGACGAUACACUUAUGAAUUUGUGAAGUAACUCAAAUAGGGUUGCAUCUAAACUCUCCCUGACUGUAGUAUUCGUCUUGAUGACAGCCGCCAAAUGUAUCACGAAAAUGGUGAAACUCGGCGUUUCUAAUAUAGGCGUCGACAGAGGCUCCAGGACGUAUAGUGGCGCCCGCACCGGCUUCGAAAAUGGCUUUUGUUACGCCUGACAGCAGCGUCCAUGGCCCCGUACGUGUCCAGACGGGCGGAUAGGACCUCUACGACGGCUCGGGCUGUGGUGUGUCAAGUCGAAAAAAGAUUAACCGAACGAAUGCAGAGAUCUAUAGACACCAAUACUAAUAAAGGUGCCUUUUGGGCGUGCACAACGGCCCCAUAAAAUCUAGGACAAUCCUAUCUUGGCGACAGGACACGUCAGCGAUUCUACAGUCGUUUGUGGCAGACAGGCUUGUUGGGCAGACCAGUUGACAACUGCGGACGUUUACCCGAAUUUUUAUUUGGAGGUUUUCAUUUGAAAAGUCGCCAGACGUCAACCAGUGGGAUCACCAAAGCCUAGUAUGUUUUUAAAAGAUAGCGUUGCAUCGGAGCUGAAAUAGUUCAAAUCUGCUGUUGUCCCAAAUUAGGCUAGUACCCGCUUUGUCCUCGUUUCGUGUGUUCUCAGCAACGUCAGUUGGAAAGCAAUGAUAUAAGAAGAAUGAGAAGAUUAGUGGAGAGCAGGCUCGGUUACCAAUGGCCAUCGUCACCCGUCGCCGCGUGAACCUUUGCGUUAAGGGAACCAUAUGGCUAGUGUGUGUUACUGGCUUUUUGUUUCAGGCGAGUCGUGUAGUCGAACUCUAUGAGAAAUACGAGUUCACCGUGACGGUUUUCGAAGAGAUGCGUUCUAACAUCGAAUUCCCUGCCGUGACGAUCUGCACCGAACAAUGGGUGAAUCGCAGUGUUUUGUGUAAGAACCAUGAGCCUGAUUGCGAUCUUGACAGCUCUUCGGUGACUCGCCUUCUCUACGAUUACGAUCUGCGUGCGGAUGUGUCUCUGGAGCCGGAAAUCCUCUUCACUUGUAAGCUCGUCUCAGAUGCGCCUGGAUGCUCUUCAGUAGACUGCGUUCGAAUGAUAAAAAGGACGCAUUUUCGAGCGCCCUCCUACGGUUGCUACACGUUUGAUAUACAUCAACAUGCGCAGAAACAUAACCCGUUCUUUGACUGCAAAACACCUUGGCUCUACGAGCUUCAUUUGCGUUCAAUGUGGGACACCAACGCAACUGCGAGGUUUUCAGCAGUCAACAAGUAUCCUAUCAUUGUUCAUCAGAAAGAGGUGUGUCCUCCUGAAAGACUUUCUCCAAUUUACCUGCGCCAGGGUCUUCACUAUGCCAUCUCCAUCGAACAGAAAUCCUUUGAACGGCUACCUCCCCCGGUCGCAUCAAGGUGUAUGGACUAUAUAAGCAUGGGUUACUUUAGCCAGUUUCACGGAUUCAAAAACUAUGAGAUUUGCGUCCAGGAAUGCGUUAUGGCUCGUGAGUUGAAAACGUGUGGAUGUGUUCGGCCGGAUUACGAAUUCGCUGAGUACGCCUACCCGGAUCGAAUGUGCAACAAAAGGCAACGAGGACCAUGUUCUAUCCAAAUGGUAAAAAUAGAUGCCGUUGGACCCUGCAAAUCGCAAUGCGGCCAGCCCUGCCACGAGUUAACGUAUGACGUGAAGUUGGUCGGCCUACAUGAAGAUGAAACUAAAACCCCCGAAGGAUAUUCGUCUUUUUCCGUGACCAUCUCAUUUGGAUCCGAUUUGCAGACCAUUUAUGAAUACUCCCAUACUAUUACGGCAAUCGAAGCCUUUGGAUAUAUUGGUGGAUACAUUGGCAUGUGGCUUGGUAUUUCACUGUACUCCAUCUAUAUUGUUUUAGAGGAGAACCUUUUGAAAAAAGGCAAAGACUUUAUAAAGAAGCAUUGUGUGAAGGGUAGUUCUGGCAAUAGGUCCAAAAUAACUCCUAGCCCUGGUAAUGUCACAUCCAUGAACAGGGCCUCUCGCUAAUUGACAUUAAUACUCUAUGGGUUGACGAUUUCUUUGGCAUCAGCAGGUAUAUAUAUAUAUAUCAAAAUCUUUGAUCAAACUAAAUCUACCUCCGAAAAUUGGUCGUAUAUAUCAAUUUGUUUUUUUUUUUUAUGAUUCGUAUAAAUUCAAGAUUUUGGGUGAGUUUCAGCGCAUAGAUUGUUUCUUUUUUCCUGUUAUGCAUCCGAGCCAUUACCUUUAGACGGCUGGCUUUCAAUAGGAAACGAGAUGUGUAUGAUCUCAUAUUCGAAUUUAGAUCAACGCGUGUUUUUAAGUUAAGCUUGCAGACACACUACAUUAUCAUGGUGAUCCACAGGCUGAUCCCAUUUGUAGCAAGGUUAGUUAAGAAAAAUUCCAAGAACUGUUUUUUUUUUUCGCUACAUAACAAAUUCAUAGUGGAAGUUAUAAAGAGUGGGCUUACCCUUGAAGUUGGCAUGUAAGAUCAAUGAGUUCAUAGUAUCGUUAAUAUUCAGAACGUUUUACCGUUUUUUUUUUGUUACUACCGUUUAUUAAAGUACUUGCCUUUGUACGCUAUUGUUUGAACAUAAGUUUUUAGUUGCGAGCGCCUGGCGUCUUGAAAACAGUACAUGCGCUACUCCCGACCUUUGCAAUGUUAUUAUAGAGGCUACCCAAUAUUAUUGCAAACAACCUGGAGCCAACAGGAGCUAAUUGGUUUUACCAAUUAGCUAAAUCUUUCUUUAAUAAUAAACGUUAAAGCUUUUAAAUAUGCUUCUCACGUAUAAUUUCUAGAGGGUUUGAUUUUUAUUAUCGUGAUUAUUAUAAAAGAGAAGUCUAUUUUACCGAAACGGACCAAUCCCAAAUGUCGCAUUACUACUUACGAUUAUUGUCUGUCGAUAGGGUAAUCGUAACAUGUUUGUCCAUGAAGAAAUGAGAGGUAUACAAAUGUGGUUAAGGCUCGAAACUGAGCGCAGACCCAUUUGUAUUAAUAUUGAGAAAUCAGUUGUCUGAGGCAAUGUUUAAUGUCAAUGUCGAUACUGAACGUCAAACCUUCGUCUAUUUUCUGUCAGAUCUUGAUUUUGUACAAAACACCCUAAACUGAAAAGACUUGAUGGUCCCGUUAAUGGGGAAAUCCAUGACGAGUAUUUCGGCACCGAAAAGAUGGUCAGAGAUUGUAAAUUUUUUUUUUAUAUUCAUCAAGGAUUGUGCUAAUUUUCUAAAGGAUUUAAUUACUUCUACCGAAGUUCUAAAAUACAAGAAGCUCUGAUAGUACCAGGUAUCGUUGGCACGUUUAAAUAUAAUUCAAUCGAUAGGUAUUACGCUGAGUGGACAAAAUGUCAUAUAAUGAAAUAUAUUAAGUCCCUAUCACAUAUAAGAACGUGGUGCUUAGCACACCGUUUUUUUCUUCCGUUAAACACCAUCAACAAUCAGAAACGGUGACUCACAUCGCUAUGAAUUCACGACAGUAAAAAAUGAUGUUUAUCUUUUAUUCCUAGUACUUACCCUUUUUGGAUAAUGGUAAGAUAAGUUGAAUGAUCUGUGACAUAAUACUCAAAUUAUUUUUUAAUAAACAAUAGACUUAAGUAAUCCUUACGUAUUUAGAACAUCAAAAGGACCAACUAUUUGAAAAUUUUGUUUUAUUUAUAUCUCAUUUGAUUGAAACAUAUGUGCCUUAUGAGAUUACCUAUUUGGUAAGAGCGUGCAGAUUUGAGUAGACUAAGUAAUUCAAAAAUUAUUGUAAUACAGAAGACCGGGAAUAAAAUGAUCACUUUUCUUGUAGACCCGAAAAAAAGUAUCCUGGAUUAACUAACGGUAGAAAAUAGAUUGGAAUCUUUUUAGCAAUUUAUGUGUCUUUUAGUUUUCCUUUAUAUAAAUCGAUUGCUUAAUUUUUGGAAGUGUCAAUUUUGUUGUCACUUGUAA